CGCUGCUGUCACUGUUGGCUCGCUCUCCCCGCUCGCUACCACAGAGGGAUGAUUGUCUUAGCCACUCUCUCGGGCAAGCAGCCCUUAAAGGAGAUGUACCCCUUAUUUUUCUCAACAUAAAUUUUCUUUGCGCCCGUUUUUGUUGAUUCAUUUAUAAACACGCUCUUUCUGCCUCCCACUUUGUGCUGCUCAGUCGCUCCCAAGUAUCUUUUCUUCCCGCAAGCCUUUUCCGUUUCUUUUCUUUUGCUUUAAUUCCCACUCCCACCUCACAGUUUUCGCUACCUACCCCUCCCCAAACCUACAUUAAUCAUGAAGUUCUUUGCUGCCACCAUCGUUCUCGGCAUGGCCGCCGUCGCCGUCGCCCAGAAUAGCUCGUCGUCGCUGAGCGCCUACGAGAAGUGCCUCGAGAACAAGUGCCCCAACAGCAAGGAAGAUGUCAGCUGCCAGGCCGCGUGCAUGGGCAACCCGAACCCCAACGCCUCGAUGAUCGCUGAUACCAACGAGUGCUACAAGGGUUGCAUUGGUCUCGACUACCAGGGCGCCAUCGACUGCCAGGCAAAGUGCAACAUCAUCUACAACCCGGCCAACACCGUUGUCACCGACCACCUUGUUCCCGCAGGUGUGACCAGUGGUAGCGGCUCGGCUGUUUCCGCCACCACCAGCUCUACCGCCGCCAACACCGCCGCUGAGACUUCGGCCGAUGUCAAGUCUAGCUCCAAGGCUGCUUCCGAUGCCAAGUCCGAGCUUGAUGACGAGUCUGCCAGCAGCGAGGACGAGGAGAGCAGCGGCUCAUCCAACAAGAGCAGCAGCUUGUCCAGCAAGAGCAAGAGCAGCUCGAGCUCUGCCUCGACCCUGAAGGCUGCCUUGUCUGGUGUCGCUCUGGUUGCUGCCGCCGCCCUGUUCUAAGCAAUAGACGCGGUUUAUUAAAACAACCAACCGUUUGGCUGAUUGCUCUAUCUGCGUUUAAAUUUUUUUAUUUUAUUUUCAUGUUUUUGUUUGCCUUUCUCAACUUGGCUGCUUAAUAAACGACUCGGGUUUUUAAUUA